AAUGUGAAAUUGGAUCCGUGAUAAAUAAAAGAAAUUUAACAAAAAAAAAUUAGUGUAGUUAAAAUGGUUUUUAUUGAAAUAGUGUUAGUUGCAUUUCUUGCCUGUUGGCUGUUAUAUAGAUGGUUAACAGUUUACUACGAUGAGUUUGAAAAGCGUAACGUACCCUACGAGAAACCUUACCCCAUGGUUGGUAAUCUUGGGAGUGUUGUGUUGAACAAAGAGCCUGUGCAGAAAACAGUUAUUGAAUUCUAUAAACGAAAUAAAAUGCACAAAAUUGUUGGUUUCUUCAAUUUUCGUAAUCCAGUUUAUGUUAUCAAUGAGCCAGAGUUGAUUAAGAAAAUUACUGUUAAAGAUUUCGAGCAUUUUCCAAAUCACACACCUUUUAUUAAUGUUGACGACGAUCCAUUGCUAGCUGGUAUGCUUAAUAUAAUGAAGGAUCAGCGUUGGAAGGAUAUGCGUAAUACAUUGACUCCAGUAUUUACAGCAGCUAAAAUGCGUAACAUGUUUCCAUUGAUGAAUGAAUGCUUUAGUGAGUGCAUAAAGAAAUUAAAAACAAAAAUGCCAAAUGGCAGCUGUGAAUUCGAAAUGAAACAAUUUAUUACGAGACUCUCAAAUGACAUAAUUGCUUCUACUGCCUUUGGAAUAAAUGUUAAUUCAUAUCAGGAUCCAAAUAAUAAAUUUUACAAUGUGGGUCAAUCAAUUACUCGUUUUAGAGGAUCACAAAUGUUCAAGUUUAUGAUUUCAAAUGUAGCACCUUGGAUUCUAACGUACCUUGGCAUGAAAAUUUUCGAUAAAGAGAAGACAGAUUACUUUACUCGCCUUGUUAUUGAUGCCAUGAAAUACCGAGAGAAGAAUAACAUAGUACGUCACGACAUGAUUCAACUAUUACUAGAAGCUAAGAAAGAUUCUGCACAGCACUGGUCUGAUGAAGAAAUUGUUGCACAAUGUUUCAUCUUCUUCUUCGCUGCUUUUGAGAAUAACGCAAACUUAAUUUGUGCGGCAAGUCAUGAAUUAAUGUCAAAUCCUGAUGUUCAACAACGUUUGUAUGAGGAAUGUCUUGAAAUUAAAGAGGAAUUACAAGACCAACCGCUGAAUUAUGAUAUAGCAAAUAAAUUAAAAUACAUGGAUAUGGUGCUCAAUGAAACUCUCCGCAAAUGGUCUUUCGCUUCAUUCACUGAUCGUGUUUGUUCUAAGGAUUAUAAACUGACAGACGAAGACGAUAAUUUUGUUUUUGACUUUAAACUUGGUGAUCGUGUUUGGUUUCCACUUGGUGGUUUACAAAUGGAUGAACAAUAUUUUGAAAAUCCUGAUGUGUUUGAUCCAGAACGUUUUAGUGAUGAUAACAAAGGAAAUAUUAAACCAUUUACAUUUCUGCCUUUUGGUGCAGGACCUAGAAAUUGCAUAGGUAAUCGUUAUGCAUUGAUGCAGGCAAAAGCUAUGUUAUAUUAUUUAGUAAUCAACUGUAAAUUGGAACGUUCGGAGAAAACUGUCAAAGAUAUUUUCAAUGAUAUGCGUGGCUUUAAUGUAAACCCGCAAGGAGGCUUUUGGCUACGCUUCGUUUCGAGAAAGUAGCAUAGCAACUCAUUGAUUAUGCCUAACUUUAUCUAUAAAUGUUUAGUUCUACAAAUUUUAAUCAAUUUAUUUUAUCGAUCGUUAUUGCUGUACACAAAGACUUAUCUUUUGUUAAUAAGAAAUACUUAAAAAUAAAAUAUUUUGUAUAAGACAUUUGUAAUAUAUAUUAAAGUUAUU